UGCUGGGAAUAUACCUGUCAACCAGGAAAGAUCAGCUGGUAAAGCACAAGUGGCAGGCAGCAGUAGGUUGGUUCUGCUCUCUGUCACUGAUGGCUAUGCUGGUGGGAUUUGCCUACGUCCUAAAGGAGACCCCUGCUCACCCCUCACUGCCUCAUGCUGUGUAUCAGGGGCUCCACAGACAGGUCUGGGCCCUGACUGUGAGCUGGAUCAUACUGGCCUGUGAAGAGGGUUACGGAGGUUUUAUCAAAGAGUUUUUAUCAUGUAGUUUUUGGGUUCCUGUUUCCAACAUCAGCUUUGCCUGCUACCUGAUACAUCCUGUCUUCAUCAUCCUCUACAACGGCCUGCAGGAGACCCCCACCCACUAUACUGACAUCAGCUUUAUGUACCUGUUCCUCGGCCACCUGGUGCUGACGGUGGUGGUGAGCUGUGCACUCACUGUGUUAGUGGAAAAGCCCUUCGUCUUCCUUAAACGGAGCAACUCGUAGGAAAAAAACAAUUUAAAAAAUCAAAUAAGAAUUAUU